UGUCAUCCAUCACUGUCAAUGUCAAAAGUGGCUUUUGCUUUGCUUUCAUUUCAUUGGGCUCCGGUUGUUUUUAUUUAAAAACAGCUGUCUGCGUUUGCAGUUUUUGUUCUAAAUAAAAAUGAUUGGUGUACGCUUAAAUACCUUCAAUGAUAGUUCAGGAGAACCUGAACAAGAUGCUAAUUCGGCACUUACGGAACUUGAUAAAGGUUUGCGAUCUGGUAAAGUGGGCGAACAAUGCGAAGCCAUAGUGCGUUUCCCUCGGCUUUUCGAAAAAUACCCCUUUCCCAUUCUCAUCAACUCUUCAUUUCUAAAACUGGCCGAUGUAUUUCGAAUGGGCAACAACUUCUUGCGCUUGUGGGUUUUACGUGUGUGUCAACAAAGUGAGAAGCAUCUCGAUAAAAUAUUGAAUGUAGAUGAGUUUUUGAGAAGAGUGUACAGUGUUUUACACUCUAAUGAUCCUGUGGCAAGAGCUCUAGCUCUACGAACGCUGGGCGCUGUCGCUGGUAUUAUUCCGGAGAGGCAGAACGUACAUCACGCUAUAAGAAGAGGUUUGGACAGCCAUGAUAAUGUAGAAGUGGAUGCUGCUAUCUAUGCCACAACAAGAUUUGCUGCACAUUCUAAUACCUUUGCUGUGGCUAUGUGUAACAAGUUAUCAGACAUGGUGGAAUGUGAAAGCACUGGAGCAGAAAGAAGGGCGAAGCUUGUAAGAGCUCUGAGAAGUGUGCAUGGAGGAGCUGUCCGUGCUCAAGGGGUACUGAAGCUACUGAGGUCAUUAUUAGAGAGGUUCCCAUCAUCAAGCUCUGUGCGAGCAGCCAUCACUGCACUGACAGCAAUAGCAGCUGAUACUGUGGUGCAUGUUCCAGACCAGGUGGAACUUCUUCUAAGCAUAGCUAUGAAUGACGCCCGAUCAGCAGUUAGGAGAGCUGCACUAGUUGGUCUGAAGAAGUUAGCGGAGCAUGCAGCGUUAUGGCCAAACGAGUGCUUACAGAACCUGGUGCAAGCAGCCACUGAUAGCCAAGACACUCAGCAUACUAUGCUGUGUUUGCAGGUUAUGCAGAUUCUGGUAGAAUGUCCCGCCAUUUGCGCGGCUGCCGGGUCGCAGAGUAGCGCCUUGCGACAAUACUGCGCCGACGCAGCACUCAGUAUAGACCUCAAUCAGGCUGCGACUGCGUGCGAUGUGCUCACUCGAAUCGUCGUUCAUUGCUACGAAGAAAGUCUUCCCGUAGACGGUUCGGAGUUGAUGCUCGCUCUGGAAGCUUUAGUUAUAGCAACAAGUGUGGAUGAUGGUCCAACUAAUAUAAAACCGCUUCGCAUCGCCCUAAGAUGUUUGGUAAAGCUGUGUACAGCAGAGCCAGUGUUAUAUGCGGCUAGAACAGCUGGUGUAUUGGGCGGGCAGCUUAUGGAAGUGCCUUGGGGUAAAGGCCCCGCCCCUCGAAUACUGUCGCUAUUGGAAGCGAUGGCGGCUUUGGGCGGCGGAACUUACUGCCCUGUAGCUAUAGCCCCAGCCCUACCUGCUUUAGUGCGUGCCCUCAACGAUGCCGCUAUAGACACUUCUGAUGGGGAUGGAACAGCUUUAGUUCUGCUAUGCACAGUUCUAUUCCAAGAACGUGCCGGCACUGCCCUGAACUGCAAGAUUAAUAACGCUUGGGAGAAGAAAAUCAUGGAUACAAUCCGAGGAGUGGACGGAUGGACGCGUUACAGAGUUGCUAGGGCUGCUUUGAGAUACGGUCACCACAGUCUCGCAGCAGAUAUUUUGAAGCGGUUAUCAGAAGAAGCUCCCAGUGAAUCGGCCCAAAGAUGGCUGACGGCUUUACAUCGAGCAGCGAGCGCCGAUGCCACGCUUAUCAAAGAAGGUAUAUCCGGGCUGGAGGUCGCCAGCGCUGGCUGGGAGGCGGGUGCGGGUUGCGGGUGGGGCGCGGGGUGCGGGUGGGGCGCGGGGUGCGCGGCGGGGUGCGCGGGGUGCGGGGGGUGCGCGCCCCUCCCGCCCGCGGCCAUGCACGCGCGCGCCGCCGCGCUAUCUGCGCUAGCAAGGACCGCGGUGGCAGCGAGGGCGCUCUGUACGCAGCCGCCGCCGGCGAUAGCACAUGCGCAUGCGCAGGCGGCCCGCGACCCCGCCGCCAAGGCAGGCGCGUGCGCAAACGCGAUCCGUAAAGCUGCGCGCGCCGUCACCGCGGUCUCUCAGCGGUACGCCGCCAUUGCUCGCACCGCCUUCCACGCCGACGACUCCACGCUCAGACACCUGCAUAUUGCUCAACACACGUACGCCCAGCUAGCCCAUUUCCUGGACCGCAUCACAUCCACCCAGGAGAGGCCUUCGGAACUGCCCACCGUCGAGAUCAAACCCAAGACCCUGGAGGAGAUGAUCGCAUUGGCACCAAGCCAUGCACUCGCCAACAUAUCCGCCAAACUAUUCGACAGUACUACCGGACAAGGCAUCACGCAUAGGCACGCGGAAGCGAUCCUAGCGGCCGUGCGCGCGUGCAGCGGGGGCGCUACUUGGUCGCGGGGGGUCUGCGCGGGGCGGGCGGGGGGCGCCCUGUGCCGCGUGUCAUUGACCCCGGCCUGGAGGGCCCCGCCUGCGGACCACGCGGCCACGUUACCGCUGUCUCACAGGCUGGCGCUCAAGCUGGAGGGCGUGGUGCUGCCGGCCGUGCCUCUGAGUAAACGCCAACCGCAACGUCAAGUGAAGGGCGUCCAGAUAACCGUGACUGCGACUCCGCAUCCGCGCACCAAUGAAAAGACGGUGGAACUGACGAAUAUACCGCCGGCACUGACUGCGGUACAAACGGUGACACCCGUACGAGACUUCUUCUCCGCGCAACAGUUGGUCAGCGUCAACGCACCGGGACUAUAUACUGUGGCCGUUGAAGCGGCCUUUGUUGACGAGAAGGGCGAACUGUGGAACACUGGGCCUAGGACGUCUAUAGUUAUCAAGGCCCACGAAGAGCCCAGCGCCAAAAGCAUCGUUCAAGCGACGCGUAGCAGGUUCUAACAUUAACCCAAUGAUUAAACGGCGAAUCGUUGUAUUUAUUGUACGAAAUAUGCUACCAACCAUUAAAAGAAUGUCCAAUACCUAUAUAUGUUAUUGUAAAAAUGAACGAUAUGGAAGUGGAAAUAUAAUCUUUUUGUCAUACAAA